AUGACAUCCUCAAGUUUUCCGGCCUGGUUCGCCAGAGGAGGCACAUCGAACGGUCUUGUCAUCCACCGCGAAGACCUCCCUCAUGAAUCCCAAUGGAAUCAGGUUCUCCCUUCGGCAAUGGGCUCGCCUGAUCCGUACGGACGACAGCUGAACGGGAUAGGCUCGGGCAUCUCAUCGACCUCCAAGAUUGUCAUCCUAGGACCACCCUCGCGAGAGGAUGUUGAUGUAGACUUUACUUUUGUGCAAGUUGGAAUCAAGGAUGGCAGUCUUGACAUGGCUGGGAACUGCGGGAACAUGUCCUCUUUGGUUGGCCCUGCGGCGUGGGAUAGUGGUUUGGUCUCACCGAAGACUGUCGAGAAGGAUGAGGAUGGUUUGCAGUGGGCGACCGUGCGGUUUCUGAACACGAAUACCAACAAGGUCAUAGCAUCAAAGUUUCAAGUGGAUGGCGAGUCUUUGAGAUACACACAUGAGGGUGAAUAUGCUAUGGAUGGAGUGCCAGGCACAGGGUCGAAGGUGAUCAUGAGCUUCCUCGACCCGGCUGGUGCGAAGACUGGGAAAGCCCUCCCAACAGGGAACGCCGUGGACACACUCGAGCUAGAAGACGGUACCAAAGUCGAGGCAUCUCUUGUUGAUGUUGGAAAUCCUGGUGUUUUUGUCAGCACCGAGAGCUUGGGACUGGCAGAUCAUAUGGCCCUCACGCCAGCCAUCGUGGAAGCAGAUCCCAACCUUAAGGCCAAACUGGAACAAAUACGCCAAUCUGGCGCUCGCCUAAUGGGCCUCGAUCCCAAAACCGAGAGCGUCCCCAAGAUAGUUCUCCUGUUCCCCUCGAGUAGCUCAUCAGAUGUCGAUAUCAGAUGCCUCGCCUUGUCGAUGGGCCAGGCGCACAAGGCCGUUCCAUUGACCCUCGCGCUAUGUCUGGGAGCUGCUUCUCAACUGAAGGGCACUGUUGCGUCUGAUCUUGUGGGAGGCAACGCCAAGGAUACGGUUACUAUCGGACAUCCGAGUGGGAGGGUUGAUAUUGGGACUGUUAUUCGAGAUGGGAAGAUUGAGUCUGCGCAGCUUCUGCGGACUGCGAGGGUUCUCAUGAAGGGUGAGGUGUACUACUAA